UCAUGAGUGUCGUACUCAGGGCCUUGCGCCGCAGGUCCCAGCAGUCCUGGACCGGGAUCGUCAGGACAGUGCGAGACUAUGCUACCGGGACAGACCCACGCGAUGAUUACGAGCCGAUUCUGGGAUCACUGCCAGACGAGGACACAGAACGACAGGCGCAUGGAGUGGCGGAAAUCGAGGCAUUAGCCACGGUCUGGUCGACGAGAACGCUAUAUACGGGAUACGCUCUGGUCUUUCUAAUCUUCUUCGUCAAUUCCUUUCAACAGGAGACAACCGGCAGCUUGACGCCAUACGCCUUUUCCGCUUUUACCAAUCAUUCCCUCAUUUCCACCACCAAUGUUCUGACUAGCAUCGUCGGCGGAGUUGGUCGCCUGCCCAUCGCCAUGAUGAUUGAUAUCUGGGGACGGCCGGAGGGCUUUGGGGUGACUGUUGCACUGUGCACCAUUGGUCUCAUGCUCAUGGCGGCUUGUCGAAACAUCGAAACCUACGUGGCAGCCCAGAUUAUCUACUGGUUGGGUUACAAUGGAAUGGACUACGUCCUGCAUGUGUUCUUGUCCGAUACUACCGACCUUGUGAACCGAGCCUUUGUCUACGGAGUGGCAGGGACCCCCUAUAUCGUGACGACAUUUCUUGGUCCCGCUGCUGCCCAACAGUUCUACUCCCAAGGGGCUUUGUGGUGGGGCUUCGGCAUCUUUGCUAUCGUGACUCCCAUCGUGUCCGCUCCCCUUUUGGGGCUUCUUUGGAGUGCACGGCGCAAGGCACGGACGGCGGGGUUGAUCCGAAAGGAAGAGAGUGGGCGCACCUGGGUUCAGUCUGUCCAGCAUUAUGUCACCCAGUUCGACACGAUCGGGUUGAUCUUGAUUACGGCGGCCUUCGUUCUGAUACUACUACCCCUGACACUGGCGUCGUCCCACGAUAGCAUGUGGAGCUCCUCCUUGGCCGAUCGAUGGAGGUCUCCGGAGAUUAUUGCCAUGUUAUUCAUCGGAUGCGCCUGUGUUGUCGGCUUCGUAUACUGGGAACGCUUCGGUGCCACAGUCUGUUUUGUGCCCUUUAUUCGUCUCAAGGACAGAACCCUUCUUGGUGCUUGCCUUCUCUCCGCAACCAUGUUUGCGAGCUUCUACUCAUGGGAUCUAUACCUCUCUUCAUAUCUGCAGGUUGUAUUCAACACCAGCAUACGAGAUACGGGCUAUAUCUACAACAUUUAUACGAUUGGGACCUGUUUCUGGUCCGUUCCGUUAGGGCUGUUCAUCCGACGAGUUGGUCGUCUCAAAUGGAUCGCCCUCGCCGCUAUGCCGCUGACCUUCCUCGGAACCGGACUGAUGCUCCACUUUCGAUCCCCAGAUAGUCACCUGGGGUCUGUCAUUAUGUGCGAGGUGUUCAAGGCCAUCGCGGGAGGCACCUUGGUCAUCUGCCAACAGAUGGCUGCCAUGGCCACCGGAGGACAUGAGACCAUCGCCGUCUCGUUUGCCCUGGUCGGGCUAUUCUCGAAGAUCGGCACUGGCGUCGGGUCGGCCAUUUCCGGUGCGGUCUGGACCAGCACGGUGCCUCACUACCUGCGAGAGGCGCUGCCGAUAGACAAAAAGCACAAGGCAGCCGAGCUGUAUGGAUCAAUUGCCACGGUGUUGUCGUACCCGAUCGGAACUCCCGAGCGAGACGCGACCAUCUAUGCAUACGGUGUCGCUCAGAAACGAAUGCUAGUGGCGGGAAUCUCGAUCCUCCCAGCGGCCGUGUUCGCGAUCCUCAUGUGGGAGGAUAUCCGCUUGAAGAAGACGAGGCAGGUCAGGGGAAAUGUGUUCUAAUUCCCAGCGUUGCACUGGAGCUGUUUUGAUAACGGCUCUUUCCCGUCGAGUGCUCAUCAGAGAAAGUCGUAUUGUGAUACCCCGGAGGAGAGGAAUUCAGUGACCGCCCUGAAUUAUUCGUGUAUAGUCGAUAGUGUCUGUUAUGUUUUCACCAUUAGCAUCCCCCUUCUGUUCAUUGGUACUAGUCUUGUCUGCGUCUGGGAGGCCAAGGUGCAAAGUAACGGGCUGUAGCAAGACCGGCAGCGUCUGGUCCAACUUGUCAAUAAGCAAAGGGAGAAAUCUCGCUCGACCGCCGGGUAAACGCUCAACGAGCGACGAUAGGUGUUUCAGGUAAUCCUGGGGUCCUAACUCGAAGCCGGACGAGCGGAGUCCUGCAGACGAGAGGCAGGCCAUGACGUCGAUAAGGGUGCACGCAACUUCGAAUAUUUUCUCAAUCUACCAGGAUCAGCAAUGCCGACAAGGCCAAUAUGGAGAAUAUCUCACCAGACCAAUUCCGUGGGUUUCCAUGCUCUCUCUCGAUAGUUUCCACGUUGCCAUCGCCAGAUCUCUUGCGAUCUGCAGCGGAUACCGGAAGUCCAGGCUCGCAUGAGUCGGUGUGCUGGACAGAUACCCAGCAGUCGUCGCCAUCUGCCACACCACGGUGCGCAGCCACUGCUGGGAUACGCGUAGAUCGGCCAAGACGACGUCGGGGAGAUCCGAGUCGGCAGGCACUGCACGCUGAAGAUGCUCUUCCAGAGCGACUAGGGAGUCUCGCGAUGAAACGACCCCGGAACCGUUCCAGCCAUUAAGAAAUAAUGGGUCAAAGGGAC